AUGGACAGAGAACAAGAGGAAAUGCAAUUCCUAGGCCCCUUUGGCAUCUACACAGAAGCCUACCAGAUCAUCCUCUCAUGGAGGAAGAUCUUAACCCAAAUCACUCUAGCUCUGAUCCUCCCACUCUCCUUCAUCCUCCUAGCUCACAUCAAAGUCUCCGAAUUACUCACAUCUAGGAUCACACACAACCAAACCGAGCUACAACAAGCACAAGCCGGCACGCAGACGUAUGACAACAUCUCCAACAACAUCUCAUCCGAAUGGACCGCCUUUUGGCUCUUCGAGCUCGCAUACACCUUCUUCUUCCUCAUCUUCUCUCUCACCUCCACUUCGGCUGUGGUCUACACCGUCGCAUGCAUCUACACGUCUCGCGAAGUGACCUUCGAGGUGGUUAUGAGUGUCGUCCCAAAGGUUUGGAAGAGACUCAUGAUCACUUUCUUGUCCACAUUCUUGUCUUUCUUUGCUUAUACCCUAGUUUCUGCAAUUAUCGCGAUCCUAAUCAUACGGGGAAUGACAAUUGGAAGUAGUGGCAUCCGUUUGCUGAUUGUCUUGAUCUUGUUUAUUAUAUAUGGUUUAGGGCUUUUGUAUAUGACCAUUGUUUGGCAGUUGGCUAGCGCGGUGUCGGUGCUUGAAGACUCCUAUGGGUUUAAGGCCAUGGUCAAGAGCAAGAACCUCAUAAAGGGUAAGAUGUGGGUGGCCAUAGUUAUCUUUUUUGUGUCAAGUUUCUCAUCCUUUGUUAUAUAUACACUUUUUGAAAAGUUUGUUGUGCAUGGAGAGUCACUGAUUUUGGUGUAUAAGGUUGGAUUUGGGAUGCUGUGUUUGUCAUUUCAGUCCAUGUUGUUUCUUUUUGGGUUGAUUAUCCAAACUAUUAUUUAUUUUGUAUGUAAGUCGUAUCAUCAUGAAAAUAUCGAUAAGUCAGAUCUCUCGGAUCACUUGGAAGUUUAUCUUGGCGAGUAUGUUCCUUUGAAGGAGACGGAUGUUCAACUGGGACAAUUUCAUGUUUAA